AUGGCGUUCAACUUCAACUGGUCGCCUUUGAUGGCGGACGCGAGUUUUUACACUCGCGCCCAAGAUCUGCUCACUGCCGCCCUCAAUAAAUCCCCGAAACCGCCCAUUAUCGUCGAUGACAUUCACGUCACCGAGUUGAACCUGGGUUCUAUCCCACCCGAACUGGAGAUUCUGGAGAUUGGCGAUUUGGCCGAAGAUCGCUUCCGUGGAAUCUUCAAGAUGUCCUAUACCGGCGACGCCUUUCUUACGUUGAAGACCCGAGUUCAGGCGAAUCCAUUGAAUACCUUCCUCCUCACGCGACCAACUUUCGCAUCGCCAGUACCUGUCGCCGCUGCUACCCCGCUUACCAUCCCUCUCCAAAUCACCCUCUCCGACUUCAAGCUCUCCGGCUUUGUGAUACUGGUUUUCUCAAAGCAGAAAGGAAUCACAGUCGUAUUUCGCAAUGAUCCACUCGAAUCGCUCAAGGUCUCCUCCACCUUUGAUUCGAUCCCGUUCGUCCGUGAUUUUCUACAAAAGGAAAUCGAGGCUCAGCUCCGGAUCCUGUUCAUGGAUGAGCUGCCAGCUAUCAUCCAUCGACUGUCGCUCCGGUUAUGGGUUCCAGAAUAUCGCACAGGGGAGGAAAUGAAUGACGAGAGAGACAACACAGGCAAGGCAAGCGAAGGCCCCGGCCAAGAUCCUCUCGCCAGCCCACCACAGGAUCCCGUCGACGCUCUCGGAAACGCCCUGAACGAGUCUGAGAUCGCUUCGCUCUCCUUGGACUCAUCCGUCGAAACCCACUCUCUCUUCUCGCAGAAGAACCUCCUUCGCUUGGCCGCUCUGACCGAUUCGCAACGUACCCUGUCCCUGUUCACUCCUUCCAUCCAGGAAGUGGUGUAUCGCGCCUGGACAGCUCCCAUCGACGUCACCGAAUUCCCUCCAAACGUGUUAUCCCCGCUCAGCCCGACUCUAUCGCGAACGCACUCUCAAAUGGGUAGCAUGUCUUCCCUGCACGACACCGCCAGCACUGUCUCCUUGCAAAGCCGACCGUCCUUAUCCGGUCACUCGUUCACCAGCAGUACAUAUGGCUUGAGCCUGGGCGCCGGACGCCACUCUAAAGCCCAUUCUCGGAAACGGAAGAAGCGUGUUGUCGAUUUGCGCCGCCCUAAGACCACGGAUGACGUAAUGAGUGUGAGCGACGCACCUCUGCCUAUCCUGAAUGAGCAGGCGGAUGACCCAGUGACUCCACCCGUUGCACCCGAGGCCGAUUCUCACCUGCCCAUAAUCCCCGAAAGACACAUGACCAGCCUCUCCCGCUCAACGCGUCGGGACGGAGACUUGUCCUACUCCCAAGAGACUAUUCGCGGCCCGAAAGCUGAGGAUCUCGAAGCCACUCCUCGUGCUACUGUGCGUAAUUACCACGAGAAGGCUGAGGCGGGGCCAUCUUCUAGCCAGCGACCGCCGUUGCCUGCGCAUGCUCUCCCUUUCACUAAGGAUGACAAGGUCAACACCGAGAACGUUGACUCUGUCCUGGUAGAGCGGCUCGCCGGCGAAAUUGCACGUCGAAUGCGCGAGGAUAAACUCAUGACAAACGCAUGCAGCGGCUUUUGGAGCCGUCAGCAUGAAGACACUCCUCCCCCGGCAUACGGCCACUAA